AUGGCAUUAGCAGGCAGUCACUUUGGUGGCCAAUGGGGUUCAUUCGCUAUCGCGGGAGAUUCCUUCAACUUGUCCAUGACCGAUCAUGUCAUCCGCACGUGGGCAGACCUUGGUGAGCUCGAUGAGUUUUACAACAUUGAUAUGGCCCCGCGCCGGUAUCAAGCCUUGACGACAUAUCACAAGAGCGAGCAGGAUCUUCUUGGCGGCAUUGACUUUGAGCAUCUUGAUCAAGAAGGCAAAGUGGAUUAUAUCAUGCUCAACACGUACCAUACACGACAACUCAACAACCUUGAUCUUCAAAAGGCUUCGAAAGAGAAAUAUGAUCCUCUGCUUCCGUUUUCAGAUGAUCUUAUUGGAAUGCUUGAGGCGCGUCAGGAUGUUGAUCCGAUGAAAGCCAAAGAAACGGCGGGUUUGCUGAACAACAUCACCAAAUCUAUCGCCAAAGUUCAGACUAAAGUGGAGGAGGGCGGUUUCAAUGUUACGGAAACGACAGGUUAUCUCGCGAGUAAAGCCAUCACCAACCUUCUGGAUCUUUUGGGCGAAUGGUUCUCAUUUUACUCGACUUACGAUCCCCUUUUCGAUUUCUGGGUUACAACACCUUGGCAAGCGGCCAACACUUCUCUGACGAACUACCUUGACGUUGUCCAGACGAAGCUGGCUGGAAUGAACCAAAAGGAUGAUGAAGAUGCCAUUGUCGGGGAACCAAUCGGACGAAAAGGUUUGGAAGUUGAGCUUGAAGCCGAGAUGAUUCCCUAUACGCCUGAGGAGCUUAUCAAGAUUGGCAACCAAGAGUUCGCAUGGUGUGAAAAAGAAAUGAUUAAACAGUCCGAAGCUCUCGGCUACGGCAAAGAAUGGAAGAAAGCUCUCGAGCAUGUCAAAAACGACUACGUCGAUCCCGGAAAGCAAACAGAAUUCGUUCGCAACUUGGUCGUAGAAGGAAGUCUCUUCGUCACAGAACGAGAUCUCGUCACCAUCCCCCCAUUAGCAAACUCAACAUGGCGCAUGACGAUGAUCAGCGCAGAACAACAGAAGGUCUCGCCAUUCUUCCUCGGCGGUCCGGUUAUUCAAGUUUCCUAUCCCGUUUCAUCAAUGGAGCAUGAUCUUAAACUCAUGGUCAUGAGAGGAAAUAAUAAGCACUUCGCUCAUGCCACGGCUUUCCAUGAGAUGUUCCCUGGGCACAGACUACAGCUCUAUAUGGCAGAUCGGUAUAACUCCCAUAGGAAAGAAAUAUUCGAUACACCUUUUUUUGUGGAAGGUUGGGCACUAUACUGGGAGUUUCUGUUCUAUGCACGAGAUGAUUUCCACAAGUCUCCUGAGAAUAGGAUCGGUGCACUUUGGUGGCGUAUGCAUCGCUGUCUGAGAAUUAUCUUCUCGUUGAAAUUUCACUUAGGAGAGAUGACGGCUCAAGAGGCUGUUGACCUGCUCGUUGAGAGGAUCAAUCAUGAAAGAAGUACGGCUGAAGGUGAGGUCAGAAGAUCUGUUGAAGGGACGUAUUCGCCGCUUUAUCAGGCUGGGUAUAUGCUUGGAGCGCUUCAGCUUUGGAAGUUGAGAGAGAUGGCUGUUGAUAGUGGGAAGAUGACGCAGAAGGAGUAUCAUGAUGCGAUUUUGAAGACUGGUGGCCUGCCGAUUGAGAUGGUCAAGGCGUUGAUUUUGAACGACGAGCUAACGAAGGAUUUCAAGGCGGGAUGGAAGUUCUAUGAUUUCGAUUAA